CUCUCUCUCUGUGUGUGUCUGUGUCUCAGUGUGCAGGCUGCUCAGGUGAAGCUGACUCUCUCAUCAUCAGUGAGCUCCUUUUGAGCCUUUUCUGAUCUCCUGGUUUACUCCACAAGGAUUUAAAGCUCUUUGGAUGUUUGUGUGCGUGAAACAUGCUGUUGUGAUUUCACCUCUCUAGAGACUUUGAUCCCUCGGUGGCUGCUGGGAAAAUAAAAAGCGCACCUUUUUUUUUUUUUUUUUUGCUCUGCUCGGUCUGUCUUUGGGUUUCUUCUUUAAAUCGGUGCAGAAAUGUCAGCUGUCAACUCCGAGCACUUAAUGAGCGGAGACCCGGAGCAGCUGGAGGCCGGGAUCCUGCAGCAGCAGACCGUGUUUGUCAUCCUCGACUCGGCUGAAACACUCAAUCUGGUCCGGGUGGAGUCCGGCAUCGUCGCUGACAUCGAGGUCGAUAAUUUGCUGCCGUCAGAGUCUGACACCUUCUACCAGAUUAAGAGUCAGCCAAUCAGCUUCAGUGCUUCAGCAGCAGUCUCCUCUUCAUCAACUCCAUCCUCACUGCCGUCAGCCAUGUCGUCAAGGGUUUUGAUGCGUCAGGACCUGAUGCGUCAACAGGCUCUUGAGGAGGAGCAGAAGGAGGCGCAGCAGCUCCCCCGCCCCCUGGCUGACUCCUCCUCCCCCGUCUCCGUCUCCAUGUCGUCCUCCUGCAGACCUCCUGCUCAGGUCCCUGUGGAGGUGCUCAAGGUGCAGACUCACCUGGAGAACCCCACCAGGUAUCACAUCGAGCAGGCUCAGAGGCAGCAGGUGCGUCAGUAUCUCUCCACCACUCAGGCCCGCCACCGCCAAGACAGUCAAUCUGAUGCUCGGGCCCUCCCCCCAGCUCCGCGUCGCCCCCGGCAACCAGCCUGGAGCCAGCAGCCCCAAAC